AUGUCGUCGGACACGGCUGCCGUAUCAUCGCUGGCGCAGCUGCCUCUGGCAGUGAGCGCCGUCGUUGUCGGGCUGCUCUCGUUGCUAUAUUUAGCCUACCAGUGGGCUCUGCCCAAACCUCUGCCAGGCAUUCCGUACAACAAAGCUGCUGUCAAAUCAAUUCUAGGCGAUGUGGUUGAGGUCAGGGAGCUACAGAAGAAGGGGGGCAGGCCGCGGGCCUGGCUGGGAGAGCAACCAUGGCGGCACAACAGUCCGCUGGUUCAAGUCUUUCUCGCGCCGCUGGCCAAGCCCAUCUUGAUUCUUUCCGAUUUUCGCGAGGCCCAGGAUAUUCUGCUCCGCAGAGGCAAGGAAUUCGAUCGCGGCGGCCGCAACCUCGACGCCCUCGGCGGUGUCAUUCCGAAUCAUCACAUUGGCAUGCAGACUUCAAGUCCUCGGUUCAAGGCAAAUCGGGAACUGGUCAAGGAUCUCAUGACUCCUAAUUUCUUGCACACUGUAUGUAAAAAGAAGCAAAAGAAGUCGGCUCUCAACGUUCAUAUCGAAAAACAUAAGCUCAUCUGGUUACAGGUUUCUGCUCCCGAGAUUCACCGCAACACGCUCAAGUUCAUCGAUCUGUGGAAGCUCAAGGCGGAAAAGGCCAAUGGUCGACCGUUUCGGGCAGACGAGGACAUUCACGUCAUGACCUUUGACAUUAUCAAGAUUGUUGCGCUCGGCGAGGGUGACUCGCAGAGCAUGACGGAGCUGUACCACGAUAUCGUGCGCAAGACUGAUCUGGAGGGCCAGGUUCCCGACAGCAAGGACGCUCCCGUACACUUCCCUGACCAUUUGCCCAACGAGGACCUCCGCUCUCACCAGGUCCAGCAGGACGCCGUCGGGCAGUCCAUCAGUGCGCCUCUACCUGGUCUAUUCCACAAGAUGAACAACCGGAAACCACACAUGCAGGAGGCCUACGCCACCAAAGCGCGCAUGCUCGAGAAGCAAAUCGGCCUAGCCAUUAAGCGCGCCGAGGCUGGCGAGGACGUCAAGUCGGCACUGGACCACAUGGUGAAGCGUGAGAUUAACGCAGCCAAAAAGGCUGGCCGGGCUCCCGUCUUUGACUCCCCUUACAUGAAGGAUGAACUCUACGGUUACAUUGGCGCCGGCCACGAAACCACGGCCACCUCGUUCCAGUGGGGUCUCAAACACAUGGCCAUCCACCGGGACAUUCAGCACAAGCUCCGCGCAGCCCUGCGCGCCACCUACGCCGACGCCGCGGCGGCGCAGCGCUCGCCCACCGUUGCCGAGAUCACCAAGGCGCAGGUCCCGUACCUGGAGGCGGUCAUGGAGGAGAUUCUACGGCUGACGGGACCCGUGCUCGGCGUUUUCCGCCAGGCCCAGGUCGACACGACGCUGCUGGGCCACCGGGUGCCCAAGGGCACGCAGGUCUUUAUGCCCACCAUGGGCGCCAGCGUCGCGCGGCCGUCUUUCGCCGUCGACGAGGCCGUGCGGAGCGAGAGCUCGCGGUCCCACACGGAGAAGCGCGGCGACUGGGACGACCUGGACCCCGAGGCCUUUGUGCCGGAGCGCUGGCUCAAGACUGAGGACGACGACGAGACUUUGCAGUCGUCUUUUGACUCGCAGGCCGGUCCCUUUUUGACGUUUAGCAAUGGCGUGCGUGGUUGCUUUGGACGCCGUCUCGCGUACCUCGAGCUCCGCAUCCUCAUGACGCUGCUAUUUUGGAAUCUGGAGUUGGGUUCGCUGCCAGAAGAGCUCAAUACUUUUGAGGCUGUUGACAGUCUCACUACCAAACCUGCCAAGUGUUUUGUGAGGAUAUCCGAGGCCAAAUACUAG